CAGAGAGCAGAAGGGCCGCACGUCUUGGGGACUGUAGGAGGCAGUGUGCACCCCUUGCCAUGCCCACCCCUACCAGCCUGGCCCACUCGCCUCCCUGCUUCCUGCUGCUAGUGCUGGUGCUUGUCCUCUCAGGAGCCUCUGAACCGAGGAAUGAGAAUGAAUGGCAUGUACUACAGCCUGAAGGCCCUAUGCUGGUGGCAGAAGGUGAGACACUCCUACUGAGGUGCACAGUGGUCAGCUCCUCGACUGAUGACAUGAUAAAAUGGAUCAAGGUGAGCAAUCAAGACCAAAAGGAAAUUUACAACUUCAAACACAGCUUCUCACCCCGGGUGAUACCCAUGAUCAAACGGACACUAGAGCCACUUAAUUGGGAUUAUUCCAUCCAUAUCCACAAUAUCACCAGGGAGGAUGCUGGAACCUACCACUGUGUGAAGUUUGAUGGCUUAAGUGAGCACUCAGAAAAGAAGCUUGGUGAGGGCACCUCAGUCCAUGUGAAGGGAGCUGGGGACCCUGAGCCAAACCUCUGGAUCAUCCAACCCCAGGAGUUGGUGUCAGUGACCACUGGAGAUGAUGUCCUCCUGAACUGCACAGUGCUUGGAGAUGGUCCCCCCGGGCCCAUCAGGUGGUUCCGGGGGACUGGUCUGAACCGGGAGGCCAUUUACAACUUUGGAGGCAUCUCCCACCCCAAUGUGACAGCAGUCCAGACCUCCAACAGCGACUUCAGCAUUCUCCUACAGGACGUCUCCACUGAGGAUGCAGGAACCUACUACUGUGUCAAGUUUCAGAGGAGACUCAACAGGCAAUAUCUGUCUGGUCAAGGUACCAUGCUGAGAGUGAAAGCAAAAUCCAACUCUUCCCAAGAGGCAGAAUUUACUGAUGCUUCUCCAACCAGGAUCUCUCCAUCAGGCCUCCUGCCCAUACUCGCAUUUGUGAUUCUGGGUCUGAAGACAGUGUCCUUGUCUGCACUCCUGAUGAUCCUGGCUGCCCGCUGGAAGAGCUGGCAAGAAGACUUCAAGACCCCAGACCCAGGAGAGCUUGGAAUCACACUUGUGGAGAGAUCACAGAAGGGUGCCAAAAGAAGGCUGGGUUUUGGAGCAGAAGCAGUGAUGGAGAUGUGGCUGGAGUGGCACAAAAGCAAAGAAGUGGAGACACCCAGGUUCAGGAACUCAAAUACCGGCUCCUGGAUUUGGCAGCCACCCAUCCCCAGAUUUUUAAGCUGGGGCAAGUCGUUGUCAGUUUCCAGCCAAAGACCCUGCUGGCACCUUGCUGGCCAUCGAGCAUGAACACAGUCCAGAGUGAACCUCCAGCCUCCUGAACCUUGCAGGACAUUCGGGCAUUGUGCCAGUUUGAAUGUAUUAUGUCCCCCCAAACGCCAU